CCCCACGUAUAUUAGAAGUAACCCGCGGUUGUUCCAGUAACGACUUACAGUCAGCAGGAAUACAAGUUUCAAAGCCUCCUCAAAUCACUUCACAGACCUGAGAGAAACAGAGAGGGAGAAGAAUGGCAGAGGAGGAGGUGACGACGACAGCAGUUGAACGCACACUUCAAAUAACGCCGACGUGGGCUGUGGCGACUGUGUGCUUCUUCUUGAUACUAAUCUCCAUUCUUAUUGAGAAAUCGCUCUGUCGUCUCGGCAAGUAUUUUACCAAGAAAAGGAGGAAAUCUCUCAUUCAGGCUCUUGACAAGAUCAAGUCAGAAUUGAUGCUUUUGGGAUUCAUAUCAUUGUUGCUGAAUGUAAGCGAAAGGCGCAUAGCAAAAACUUGUAUUCCAAAGAAUGUUGGUGAAACGUUUCUUCCUUGCAGUGAUUAUACGACUGCAGCUGAUGUAGAGGAAGAAACAAAAUGUGCAGAGCAGGGAAAGGUGUCGUUGUUGUCAAGGGGAGGCGUUCAGGAGCUUCAAUACUUGAUCUUUAUGCUGGGUGUCUUCCAUAUAUUCUCCUCUGUCCUUACUUUCAGCCUUGGAAUGGCCAAGAUGAGGAGGUGGGAGUCUUGGGAGGCAGAGACCAGAUCAUUGGAAUAUCAAUUUUCAAAUGACCCACGAAGGUUUCAGCUCACCCAUCAAACAUCAUUCGGAAAGAGGCAUCUGAAGUAUUGGAGUGACCACCGAUUUCUUCGUUGGCCGGCCUGUUUUCUUCGGCAAUUCUUUAAAUCUGUUUACAAAGUGGAUUAUUUCAUUCUCAGACAUGGAUUCAUUACGGCCCACUUUGCAGAAGGAAGUAACUUUGAUUUUCAGAAAUAUAUAAGAAGAACCAUGGAAAAAGAUUUUGGGGUGGUUGUGGGAAUACGUUGGUGGAUUUGGAUAUUUACUGUGUUCUUCCUAUUCUUCAAUGCACACGUAUUUCGCAGUUACUAUUGGCUUCCCUUCUUUCCAUUAGUGAUGCUGUUGAUUGUGGGAACAAAGUUACAGGGCAUUAUAACCAAGAUGUGCUUAGAUAGCCAUGAGAAAUCUCAGGUUAUUAGAGGAACAUUGCUUGUGAGACCAAGCGACCACUUUUUCUGGUUUGGUUGGCCCAAACUGCUUCUCCACCUUAUCCACUUCAUAUUGUUUCAGAAUUCCUUUCAACUAGCAUUCUUUGCAUGGACUUGGUACAAAUUUGGUUUUAGGUCAUGCUUCCACAAAGAAAAUGAAGAUAUUAUCAUAAGGCUAGCCAUGGGUGUAGUUGUACAAGUCCUUUGUGGCUAUGUCACACUCCCUCUCUAUGCUCUUGUCACACAGAUGGGUACGUCAAUGAGGAAAGAUGUUUUCACAGAGGGUGUUGUUAAUGGGCUGAAAAGAUGGCGAGUGAAAGCCAAGAAAAACGUUGCUUUGAGGAACACGAACAAUUACUCACUAGACACCUCCCUUGAGACUUCUUUGGUCGACACUUCACCUUCGUUCAAUACUCUUGAAGCAACAAUCUCAGUAGAAUCUGGUUCCCCAUCAGACGCUGAGUACGUGGCAGUUGGAGUAGAGGAUGAAGAAAAGGGAAUUGUAGGAGGAAGAUCACAACCGGAGGAGAAGCAAAAAGUCAUGGGAGGCUCGUUUCAUGGUUUUGAUGUAGUGAAAGAAAAAUAGGCCAGCUAGCUCAUAGCUGUACAGUAGUUAUUAUAUAUAUAUAUAUAUAUAUAUAUAUAUAUAUAUAUAUAUAUGUAUGGAGGAGACGAUGCCGUUUUGGAUGCUUCUUAAGUACUCCACUGCUGACAUUUUUGGGCCAUGUCUUCACCUUGUAUUUUUUCAAUUUUUCUAUGAUUAAUAGAUUUCUACUAGCUUA